AUGCCUUCCAGCCAGACAGCAGCUUGCCUUGCCGCUGCGGCGGCCGCCGGCCUUGUGGCACCGGCUUUCGUCCCCGUGUUUGGAGGUGCUCGGGGAGCAACAGCUCCGCAUCUGCGCGGCUCCACUGCAGCUGCAACAGGCUUCGGUGCCACUGGUGCAGUUGCUGGCGGGGCUGUUGCAGUGGCUGCGAUUGCCUCGCUGCGGUCGGUGCGCCCGGCACGCACCGCGCAGAAGGCAGCUCGUCGCGACCUGGCCGUGGCCUACGAGGAUUCUGGCAUCGACCUCCUUGACAACGGCAAGUUCGCGCAGGGCCUGGUGGGCGCCGAAGGUGCCUGGGGGCGCUUCGAGUUCGACCCCUUGGGCUUCUCCACGAAGACGGAGGUUGUUCCCUACCUCCGCGAGGCAGAGUUGAAGCACGGCCGCAUCGCGAUGCUUGCAUGGCUCGGCAUGGUUGUGCCGGACUUCGUCCGCCUGCCGGGUGAGAAGUUCUCCUUCGAGGCGGUGCCAGUCUCCAUCGAUGCUCACGAGGCGUUCCGUGGUGCCACCGGUGUCAACGCACAGAUCUUGUUCUGGAUCAGCAUCGUGGAGUUCUGCUGCGCAAAGAAGGUCUUCGAGUGGAACUCUCUCGAGGUCGCCGGCGACUAUGGCCUGACCAACUGGUUCCCCAGCGAUGAAGAGGGCCAGAAGAAGAUGCGUCUGGCCGAGCUCAAGAACGGGCGUCUGGCCAUGCUUGCUUUCGCCGGUGCUGUCACGCAAGCCGCCCUGACUCGAAAAACCAAGAAUCCGAACUUCGACGCGGUGGCAGGCCUUGCCGCUGCGGCGGCCGCCGGCCUUGUGGCACCGGCUUUCGUCCCCGUGUUUGGAGGUGCUCGGGGAGCAACAUCUCCGCAUCUGCGCGGCUCCACUGCAGCUGCAACAGGCUUCGGUGCCACUGGUGCAGUUGCUGGCGGGGCUGUUGCAGUGGCUGCGAUUGCCUCGCUGCGGUCGGUGCGCCCGGCACGCACCGCGCAGAAGGCAGCUCGUCGCGACCUGGCCGUGGCCUACGAGGAUUCUGGCAUCGACCUCCUUGACAACGGCAAGUUCGCGCAGGGCCUGGUGGGCGCCGAAGGUGCCUGGGGGCGCUUCGAGUUCGACCCCUUGGGCUUCUCCACGAAGACGGAGGUUGUUCCCUACCUCCGCGAGGCAGAGUUGAAGCACGGCCGCAUCGCGAUGCUUGCAUGGCUCGGCAUGGUUGUGCCGGACUUCGUCCGCCUGCCGGGUGAGAAGUUCUCCUUCGAGGCGGUGCCAGUCUCCAUCGAUGCUCACGAGGCGUUCCGUGGUGCCACCGGUGUCAACGCACAGAUCUUGUUCUGGAUCAGCAUCGUGGAGUUCUGCUGCGCAAAGAAGGUCUUCGAGUGGAACUCUCUCGAGGUCGCCGGCGACUAUGGCCUGACCAACUGGUUCCCCAGCGAUGAAGAGGGCCAGAAGAAGAUGCGUCUGGCCGAGCUCAAGAACGGGCGUUUGGCGAUGCUUGCCUUUGCAGGCGCUGUCACACAAGCGGCACUGACCCGCCACCCUUUUCCUUGGCUGUAUUGA